UUCCUCAUUGCUGAACGGAGCUGAGACGCCAUUACAGGGUUACUCUGACGGGGAUUAAAAUCUCUCAUUCAAAGGGACACAGAUUUGGUGAGUCUUGCUGUUAAAGGAUAAUUCACAUAUCAGAGCAAAUGGCUGAGAAAACUGCUCUUGUUGAAAGUUACCUGAGCUGCCAUGUGUGUUCAGAGACUUUCAGAGAUCCUGUGUCUCUGAGCUGCAACCACAGCUUCUGUUCAAGCUGCCUGCAGAAAUUCUGGGAACAAGCUAAAAACAAAAACUGUCCCAUUUGUAAAACAAAGUCCUUGACAGAUGAGCCAGCAUUAAAUUUUACACUGAAGGAACUGGCUGACUCCUUUGCUGGGAGACAGAAGAAUGAUUCACCUGAGACAGAAAAAGAAAAGGAGAAAGAGGAGGUGGUGUGUGAUAAACAUCCAGACGUCUCUUAUUGGUUCUGUAAGGAUGAAGAUAGAGCUGUGUGUCCUGUCUGUGAGUUUUCUCUCCACCAGAGUCACAAGGUGGUUCCUAUAGAACAAGCAGUCAGUGAGCUGAAGGACCAGCUGAAAUCUGACUUAAAGUCUCUGCAGGACAAGAGGGACAAAUACAAACAAGUGGAGGAAACAUACAAUGAAGUGAUUCAACACUCCAAGAAGCAGCUGUUGUCCACAGAGAGGCAGAUCAGAGCAGAGUUCAACAAGCUCCAGCAGUUCCUGAAAGAGGAAGAGGAGUCCAGACUGGCAGCUCUGAGGGAGGAAGAGGAGCAGAAGGGGAAGACUAUCAGCAGAGAGAUGAAGAUGAUUGAGGAGCAGAUCUCCUCUCUGUCACACAGUAUCUGUGCUGUUGAAGAAGAGCUGCAGAAACACAAGGUGCCAUUCCUCAGCAGUUAUAAAGCCACUCAGAGCAGAGCCAGAGUCCAGUGCUCACUGUCAGAUCCACAGCUGGUCUCAGGAGUGCUGAUAGAUGUGGCCAAACACCUGGGCAACCUGUCCUUCAGAGUCUGGGAGAAGAUGAAGGACAAGGUCCAUUUCAGUCCUGUCAUUCUGGACCCAAACACUGCAAAGUCUAUUCUCUAUCUGUCUGAUGAUCUGACCAGUGUGAGACGUGGAGACACAAAGCAGCAGCUUCCUGACAAUCCAGAGAGACACAUCAGGUAUGCCACUGUUCUGGGCUCUGAGGGCUUCAGCUCAGGGAAACACAGCUGGGAGGUGGAGGUGGGAGACCAUCCUGACUGGCUUGUGGGUUUGGCUAAAGAGUCAGCUGACAGGAAGUCAGAGGCAUAUCCUACACCAAAAUAUGGAAUCUGGUGUUUAACACAUUCCAAUGGAAAAUACACUGAUGUUGUUGGUAAGACUGUCACAGUGAAGAAGAGUCUCCAGAGGAUCAGAGUCCAGCUGGACUAUGACAGGGGGGAGGUGUCCUUCUACAACCCUGAAGACAUGACUCACAUCUGCACUCACAGAGACAUUUUCACUGAGAAACUCUUCCCAUAUUUAAAUAUUGGACUGACUGGUGAUGCUAAAACUGCUGAUAUCAAAAUGUGUCACACUGAGAUUUCUCUGUGAUGUUCAGGGAGGGUGGUGAGCUCUCAGUAACAUAUUUGGAUGUUUUAUAAUGGUGGUGUUUUGUUGUCAUUUACAGACAAUUCCAGUUUGUUCUUUGUGGGUGAGAAUCGUGUCAAGAGAUUUGAUCUCUUUCAGGAAAUUACAUGAUGGAACACAUUCCUUGCUUGUUCUUUUAUAUACAAUAUAUUUCCAAAGCACAGAGUGAGAAACUUAAAGCACAAAUGUAGGAAGAAUUAUGUGUGUAGAGGCUGUCAGGUAUUUGUUGUUACUGAGGCAUCUUCAUGUUCAUGAUGUGGAUAAAAACCACCACUAAAUAAAAUGUAUUCUUCCAUCUCU